AAGAUCCAAACCCGCCUUCUCCCGAAGGUACGGAAGCCGAGACCGCUACAUUAAAACGUCGUUUAUUAGUGCAUUUUUCGCGUGUAGCCGAAUCAAUGAAUAAGUAGAGCAACAUUUACUUAUGACUGCACGGUCUGCUCACCCGGAAUACAACGCGUCGGAGCAGCACCGGAAGUCACGGAGGCUACCCCUCUCGCUCCGCCGUAUACUUUUAUUCUUUGUACGCGUGAGGCGGACGUCGGCUUUUGGAGGACAGGUAAUGCGCCGAGGUUAUCCACGGCAUCGGUUCAUCCGAAUCAAAUCAUGUAUUACUGGACCACAUUCACCCGAGACACGGACUUCACCAUUCAGCCCUACAUAUGAUUAUAUGUUGGUAGGACAGACAGACUCAACCAAAACAUGUCAGGGUUGAAACAUCACAUGUCGCUGCCUCUGUCGGUGGGCGUCCUGUUGGUGGGCCUCCCGUACUCCAUCUCUCUAGCGGCCCAGUGGCUUUAUGGCUGGCCCAACAAGCCCGGAUACAAGAAGUACAUAGAAGCUCUGAAACCACGACGAAUAUACUGUUUGACCAGAGCUGUGCUGGAGACUCUCAAAUAUCUGCAAUAUGGGAGACUUUACUUUCAGUGGAAGUCGUGGUACAAGAAUGAGGAUAACCGCAAGCACUAUGAGAAGGGCAUCACAUUCGGCCGCCGAAGCAACAAGCUGGACUUAUACCACCCUCCGAAUGUGGAUCGGUCCAAAGAGGCGCCCGCACCGCUGGUGGUGUUCAUCUACGGAGGAGCAUGGGGCUCCGGGGACCGAUCCAUUUACUGUCUGCUGGCGAGGCAGAUGGCCGAAGAACUGAGCGCAACUGUCAUUUGUCCGGAUUACUGCGUCUAUCCAAAGACGAAUGUUUUGGGCAUGGUCCAGGAUAUUGCUGACUGCUUGGUCUGGGCCCAAGAGAGUGGACAGAAGUUCAACUUUGACAAAGACAACAUAGUAUUAAUUGGCCAUUCGGCGGGUGCUCACUUGUGCGCACUGACCGCGCUGUUUCUCAUCGAUGCAAGAGAGGAGCUUUUCAUCGAGGCAAGCAAGCAGAGGGAUGUUAUCGUGGCAAUAAGAGGAGUCAUCGGUCUGAGUGGCGUGUACGACAUCAUGGACCAUUAUGAGCACGAGCAGAAGAGAGCAGUGGAGUACGUGUCCACCAUGCAUAAAGCCAUGAACGGAGUGGAGAACUUCCCAUACUACUCACCGACACACUCACUGAAGCAGCUGAGCCGGGAGAAGCUGGACAGAGUGCCUCCUUUCGUUUUGCUCCACGGGACCGAUGACAUCAUCGUGCCCGCCGAGUCGUCCGCGAAGUUCUCCGACCUCCUCACCUCGCUGUCCGUGAAGGUGUCGCUCUACCUGCUCCCCAGGGUCGACCACACCGAGAUCGUCACCGACCUCAUGGUGCCGGGCCGCCGCUUCUACCACCCCAUCUACAGCUGCAUCCAGCAGGAGUACAGGAAGCUGCUGGGGGCCUGCUGACAACACGUCAGAUCAUCCAUUUUUCACUAGUGUUUACUGGUUGUGCCAUACACUUACUUUAUUUAUAUCGCCUGCUCUUCAUAACUCAACAUGAAUCAUACGUAGCCUUGAUUUUUUUUUUACUCGAUUGGGAUGACAUUAUCAUGAGUUAUGUUUUUUUAAUUCGAUUAUAAUUUAGUAAAUAUGAGAGUUUGCGUCUGAUUGACUUUUGAAUCGACGCUCUUGAGAAAGAACAUUCCUUGCGGACCGCGGUCUGGCUGACAUCACGCUCAUAUUGUCUUGGAGAUGUCAGCCAGUUUGAAGAGAACUGAAAUGAAUUCUUAACAGUAUUAUGAAAGAACACCGUGAAGCGUACUAAUACAUAAUGCUAAAAGAGGAGUACAGUUACGACAUGUCUUAAUGACACUGCAAACAUUUUUUAUUAUGUUUUUAUGAAAUGAAAUUGUAAUAUAUUUUCUUGACUAACUAUUUAUUCAUAUUAGACAUUUGUUCUGUCUUUAUGAAUUGACUACAAAUCUCUCGCGAUACUAUAUAUUAUACUUAUAUUUGUUUGCCAAGCAGCAGCACUUACAGUAAGCCAAUAUAAACAAUUACAAACAAAUUA